GAACCUGAAAAACUGUAGGGAGUUUUCCAGAGAUAUUGCUGAAGAACUGAAAUGAGUCUUGCACCAACCUUUUCGAGAGCAGUACGUGAACAAAGCUGGGUCACUUUCCUCCUGCAGGAACAGAGGCAGACAGUCCUCAAGGGCAAGCUGCUUUCUUGUGGUUGGUUUGCCCAGAUCUACUGAAUUUGCCACCAAACAUGCACUUUGCUGGGAUUUCUUUGAACAGCGGAGACGAAUUGUCGGGUACGGUGAUUUGAGGGCUGCGUGAUGCGAUGCCACUGACCGCUGCCAGCCUCUGACCGAGGGCUCAGCGCAGAUUCAUUUUCUCGCUUUCCAUCCAAGUGCACACCUUGAUGGUUUCUCGAAUUUGUCACCUUGAGUCUCAUUCACCCUCCUCCGUGAGUCACUCCUGCCUCGAGAUCCGCACAGGUGCCUGGAGACAUUUUUCUUCUUUCUGAAUCAGGUGUUGGGUUUUUUUCCCAGGUAAUAUUUAACCGCUAAUUACACAUCCUUCCCUCCUGUGCCCCUCACCUGAGCGCUCCCAGGAACAUACGCGGUGCCUGGGACCUCAUCAGCAUGCAGUGGGUUGAGCCACCUUAUUGCGAGCCCAGAGACUGGCUGUGCGGUGUUUUGGGAGCCCAUGUGGUGUCUGGGGAGCCCACGUGGGCUCAGGGCUCCUGCGGUGCCUUGUACCUCCUGUAGCAGCCGUCGCUUUUCAGUGCUGGUGGAUUUUCUUCGCCCGUUGCGGUGAUGAGUCUUGUAACCCACCAGGCUGCAUUUUUUCAUUCCUAAAUCGUGGGUUAAUUAUGCUGCCAGGCACUGGUGGGAACUGCCGCUCAGAAAUACGGUUCUGCUGAUAUUUCUGUGCACGGAAGGGGCUUCCAGCUCCCGCUACAUCCAAUGAGCUGGGAAUCAGCCUCAGGCAUUGUUCUGUGCUACAGGUUGACUGUCCCUCGUGUCCCUCAUGUUGAUUUUCCUGGCUGAAUUGUGUGCAUAUGAGCUGCCCCUAGCACAUAAGCCGCAUUGCUGGGAUGCCGUGGGAUAUCUCUACCGAUCUGCUGUAAAACGUCAUACAGAAGUGCAUCCCAUCCUUUCCAGAAAGCGUGGGACUCACUGCACAGGGGAGGUAUCUCAGCUUUCCAGAUGUGCUGCCCAUUCUCUGAGCUACUGAAUCUGUGCAGCGAUGGCAGGAAUAGAGCAUGUCCAGAUGCCACAAGGGAUAGAAAACCCUUGAUAUCUGCUCAGACAAAGCCUUCUGGUGGAAGAGCACAUCCAAGGAAAAAUAUGAUGUAUGGUCUUCUUGACACAGUGCAGGGAACUGUGAGCUACCUCCGGCCCCUGUGGAGGAGCACAUCACCUGCAUGUCACGCUGCGCUGUUAGAAAGGGCUUUUCCACAAAACCAAGAGACAUUACGGACACUGCCUGAGCCUUGGAGGCCACCUCAUGGACCUGGAAAUCGGUGGGCUCAGUCUGUGAGUUAUUUUGCUCGAAGUCUCGAGACGUGGUUGUGUGUUCUGGGAAAGGAAGGAAUCCCUCCUCCAAAAAAGGAGGCCAGGCAGCGUACUGCACCUUUGCCUUUUCUUAGAGCAAGGUGGAUCCCGUGAGACUUCUUAUUUGCCAGCUCUUGAUUACACCGCUCCUGGUUGGUUACUUUAGCAUCUCGUGUGUGUACAGUCAUAAGUUAAAAAUGUAGAAUAAGAGCCUUCUAAUAAUAAUUAAAAAAAGCUGCCCACAAAGGAAAACCUCUAGCAUUCCUUUCAGGAAUAAGCUGCAAAAUUGCUCCCAGGUCUCUCUUGAUAUCUGCUAUGUGCAUCACAUGUAAAUGGUGGUUUUGUUUUAAAAUGUUAUUUCCUUUCCUCUUAAAUUAAUAACUUCAGAUCUAAAUAAUAAUGAAGUAACUCGGUCUUCUGCAAACACAACCAUUGGUCCAAAUGAUUAGUUAUAAAUGUCCUUUAAAGAGCCUUACUAUAGAAUCACAGCACGUUAAACAGACCAUUUUCUUUUGGAUGAUGUAUUAGUUUAAAAUUUCAGUUUUGUGUAGCGUUUCUGGAUGGGAGGGGGUUUUAUUGCAUCCCGGCUUCCACGGGUCUGCCUGGAAAUUUAGACAAGUAGUAAAGUGGGCCCAGGAUGGGAAAUCCCAGACAACCGGCCGGAGCUAGUGGGAAGCUCCAGAUGACACGUACGAUAUUUGUCAGUGAAAGAGGGGGAGUCGGGGGGUUUAAAAAACAUAAACUUCAACAACAGGCAUCUGACCUCGGCCUGACAGACCCCACUGAACAGCUCGGGAACGGGAGGUUACGUCUGAGCUGCAGGAACCUCAGCCACCAGCGUGGUGGUGGUGGUGGUACGGUGGGGUUUUUUCCAUUUGAAGUUCAAAUCCUGGUUCUGACAUGUAUUUCACAAGUCUUCUAAUCCGCGUGUGCCUUAGAUCCUGGCCUGUAACCAGUGGGAAAAUACCUCUGUCUUGUUUUGCUUCCCUGUCCUGGCUUCUCUGCGUCGACAGUCUUACCCUGAAGGAUCUGGAGUGUUUUUUAACCAUGUGAAUGCUCUUCGCUGAACACGGUGGAGUUACUGCAGUUCCCGUGAAUAAGCGCAUUCACACCGAGGGAGAAGGAGAAACGUGUGUGGCCCAGCGUUUUAAGGCAGAAAAUUAGAAUUGGGAAAUCGGCAGUUUCACAGCCUGGUUUAGAUAUUGCUCCUGGGCAAGUCGACGACAAUGUCUGUCUGGUUCAAAUUUCCAGGCUUUCGAAACUGGGGACCUGUCUUCACUUCCUCAGUUCUUGUCCUCUGCGUGAGCCUCUGUGAAAAUACGAGCCUCUGUCUUCCUCUGCAAAGAUAUAAGCCACGCAGGUAGAAUUACUGUUGUUCUUUUUUUUUCUUGGUGCUGCUACUGCCCAGUAGAGUUGCCUGCAGUUUGUGUAACUUUGUCUUGGCAAGGAAGUGAAAAUGCUUUUAAUGUGUGCUUUAACAACAGCUAAACCUGGAGAGCUCGUGCCAGAACCUGAGACGAAUGCUUCCAUAAAGGUGCUGGUCUGACAUGGGGACACGUCGGAACACACAGGCUCCAAACAGAGACGGUUGUUUCCCCGAGGCCAUGUUUAUGCCUCGGCUCCCACUGGCCAGUUUCAACUUGGGUUUUUUUCCCCCCUUCCUCCCUCGUGGAGCCUCGCAAGGGAAAUUCAGGCACCUCCAGGUCUCACUGAAGCACAUCGUGUUUUUCUUACUUUCUGAAGUUAAACGCCGGUGGCGUUCCUGGUUCUCGUGGCUCGUGAUGCUGCUGGCAGGCGAGUGUGGGAGCACGCGGCCGCGAGGCCAUUCAGGUAGAGGAUGGAUGUUACGGGGAGCUGGAGCAGAGUUUGUGACUCUUAAAUAUAAGCCUGUUUCCUUUCCGCACUGUGCCACGAACGCUCAGUUGAUUCCCCCGCAGCUGGAAAACAGCUGGGAAGAAUGGAACGUUGCGGGUUCAAACCACUCGUCGUUUGCUGUGAUCAGACAAGGUGAACCUUCUGGCAAAGACGGGGAAGGUCAGGCUGCUCAGGCAGAGGAAUGGAGCUGAAGCACCCACCUGAUUCCCCUGGGGAAUGCUCACAAGCCAGGUGAGCAUCUUGAGCCCCGUUACUUUUUGGAAGGGCGAAAAACUCUGGACUGACUUAGAAGGAUUAACUUCUCCCUUGGAUGGGAGUGAGUUUGCUGCUCAGGGUGUUGCGCGAGCUGAGCUGAGCCCAAAUGAAUCAUAGAAUCACAGAACGGUUUGGGUUGGAAGGUGCCUUAAAGCCCACCCAGUGCCACCCCCUGCCCUGGGCAGGGACACCUCCCACCAGCCCAGGUUGCUCCAAGCCCCGUCCAACCUGGCCUUGAACCCCUCCAGGGAUGGGGCAGCCACAGCUUCUCUGGGCAACCUGGGCCAGGGGCUCACCGCCCUCAGCGAAAAACUUCUUCUGAAAUUUUUGUGAUACAAUGCAGAAAUCAAGCAAAACGGUGCUGGGUUUUGUUGCCCCAUUCCUUAGUGGUUUUUGUAAUUUAAGACCCUGCCCUGCGGACGUUUUUGGGAAGGGCAUCAAGUCCCAGAGCAGCAGAGCUGUCAGCCAGCGCUCUUCCUUAGACCUGGAUAAGCAAGGGGGGAAAAAUCACCUGGUUUUCAGACUAUGUUUGGCCACAAUAUAAGAUGAAAACACUGUCUGUGCAGCAGGGCAGUUGAAAGGAUGAAUUAAUUCUUUAACUGAGCUUCGGGGUCAAAACUAGUAUAUAUUACUGCUGGAGAAACAAUAGCCGACUUUGUCUAAUUUAAAGCCUGCAACACAGCUUGAUGCUUUUUUUUUUGGGUGGCAAAGCGCUGAUUUUGUGUCUCCUAACCAGCACCUGCCUGCCCUGGCAGGGCGUUGGCUCUCAAAGUCCAGUUCUCCUGGAAAAACUCGACCAAACCCCUCUGUUCCCCAUCACCCCUCUCCUGUCGCUGCCAGGAGCUGCAGGAGCUGCCCGACAGAUGAUCCCCCAUCCCCAUCCCGCUGCGAAUGAGCGCGGCCAUUCAGCUCGGAAUUCGUCUGGAUAAAUGGGGGCAUUGCUACCACUUGCCAAAACAACCUCUCCGCUUGUAUCUGCGAAGGUGUUUUAGAUGGAAACGUGCCCGAAGCUUAACUUUACGGAAACAUUUCCAGCUCCGUAAUAGGGGGAUGCAAAAAUAAGCGGCAGUGUGUGCCCCCAGCCCCGGUCUGGAGAGCUGCGGGUGAAUUAGUGCUCUCAGGUGUGUGUGCACAGGGGGAAGUGCGCGCCAUGUGUCAUAAAGAAAGAAUGUCCCGUGAUUGCUGUAUCAAAGUCCAGUUCUUCUCCCCAGCUGUCUAGUUUUUAUUGAGCCCUCUUGAUUUUCCAAGUGUUUUUUUCUAAACAGAGUGGGAUCCAGCCCGCAAUACCCUGAAAUCGGCAAGUUCCCAUGGAUUUUGCUGGAUUUUGCUGGGUCCUCAAGUCUCGCAGCACAGGUUUGAUCAGGCGAAACCCUGCUGAUUCACGGGGGAGGAAUGGAGCCGGGAUUGCUGGAGGUAAAACAGAAGAAUUAAGGACUGGAACCUCCCACCCUGGCCUGAGACACAGACCUUGGACCUCUCAACUUGCUAUACAAUGCAGAAAAAAAAAAAAAGACUUGAUGCAUUUUUCAAAUUGCAUCUUAGAUCGCGUACACCCGGUCGGGUAAAUUCAUCCUUUUUUGUAAACAGGCGGUUUCACUGACAACAAUAAAAAUUCUUUGGUUAUAAGUGAGUCAUGCACAAACAGCUCACCAUUACCAAGGUGGUUUGAACCAGGUAGAAGUUACUCAGUUUGAAUAUUACAUGGCUUUGUAUCUAAAUAUUCAGCCUUAUUUAUUUGAGGUUUUUAUUUUAGGAGCCAGAGGAGGAGAAAAACGCUUCUGUAAAUCUGGAAUUUGUGCUCUCCGAGUCGGGAGCAACAAAGUAAAAGUUGGAGGUGGCUUUUCCUGAAUUAUGUCUGUAGCCAAAAUCCUCGCCCAGCUUUGCCCAGCCUCUGCCCCUCAGUGGCACAACCUCCAUCGACGCAGUUUCAAAUGGAUGGCCAAAUCAAGAUGACGACAGCCGCCCCACCGAUCAAUAACACUCAGUUCUCAGUAAAUGUGACCACGAAGUCUCAAGAACAAAGUCUCUACCAAAGUUCUGGAGCAAUAGUUGCUGCCAUCGUAGUAGGAGUGAUUAUUAUUUUCACAGUGGUUCUGCUCAUAUUGAAAACGUACAACAGGCGCAUGAGAGUGAAGCGGGAGCUGGAACCCAAAACGGCCAAACCGGCAAUGCCACCGGCUUUAGGGCAGAACAGCAACAGCCUGUCUCAGCAUCCCACCGUGACCUUCAUACCUGUGGACAUCCACAUGCAGAGCAGAUAACUGGGAACGCCCGGCCUCCUGGCGGGGAAGAGACAUGGAAUUCUUAUUUACAUGGUCCUGGGACUCCUCAGCAAAGCAACGCUGCAUUGGGAACAGCAACGAGCUGUUAUUUUUUUGUCUAUAGAUUGUAAUUAAGUCCUGCUUUCCCACUUUGGGAGGAAAAAUAAAAGGUCUGGACGCUUUUUGUAUGGAUGAAAUCAACUGUUGGAGGCAUUUAAAUCAUCAAAAAUGCAGCAAGCCGCCUUACAGAGCUCUGGGUAUGGAGAGACUGAAUAAAUCCCAUUCCUUGGAAGAAAAGAUGCGCACUCAUAUUUUGUGGAGCUUUUGCUUACUUGGAGAAUUUGAGCUCUUUCUGUUCUGCAAUGACUGAUGAUAAACUGGAAGAAAAACUGGGACACGCGAGCUGCAACUCAGGUUGAACCUGGGUUUGUUGUGAUUUGUGUGAAACAGGUUUGUAGUCUAUUUUAUACAUGAUGGAUAGUACAAGAAGUAUCACAAUUGUAUUUAUCUUUACUCAUCUUCUGUGUUUCUAAUGCCACACACGUAUGGUUUGAGAUAAAAGAGAAAAAGAUACUUUUUAUUUUCAAGUCUUUUUACAAUAUUUCUAUGAACUUGGUAACUUAUCCAUUUCCAAAUGAUCUCAACGUCUAAGGGUUUUUGCUCUCACACCAAGAAUUGCCUUAAGCUCAUUACUGGAGUUGCCUUAGAAUGUUUUGUCUUAUCCUAAAUCUGAAUUCUUUAGUUGAAAAAGUAAGCAUGGAAAGGCGGUAUCAAGCAAGCGAGGUGUUACACAGCUACUGUGCACAACUCGCAUCCUGAAAUGCUUUGUGCCCUAAUGCAGACUAGGCUUGAACUAUUUUUAGAAAUUUCUUAUUCUAGAAACUAACCAGAAGUGAUGUUGUUGUGCAAGUGCGAUGAUUGUGGGUGUACAGUAAUGCACCAAAGAAAUUCCCAAGGAUACUCACGGCCCACUGAGCAGGGACACACAGCGGCAUUGUCAGACGUUCAGUGGCUGAUUGUCUUGAGGGUCGGUAUCAAAACAGCUCCAAAAUGCUGCCUGACAGGACAGAGGGGAAGGAUUAGGAAGAAUCGUAGAGUCACAGAAUGGUUUGGGUUGGAAGGGACCUUAUAGCCCACCCAGUGCCACCCCCCGCCCUGGGCAGGGACACCUCCCACCAGCCCAGGCUGCUCCAAGCCCCAGCCAACCUGGCCUUGAACCCCUCCAGGGAUGGGGCAGCCACAGCUUCUCUGGGCAACCUGGGCCAGGGGCUCACCACCCUCACAGCAAAGAAUUUCUUCCCAAUAUCUCAUCUAAAUCUCCCCUCUUCCAGUUUAAAACCGUUCCCCCUCAUCCCAUGGCUCCCCUCCCUGAUCCAGAGUCCCUCCCCAGCUUUCCUGGAGCCCCUUGAGGGCCUGGAAGGGGCUGGAAGGUCUCCCCGGAGCCUUCUCUUCUCCAGGCUGAACCCCCCCAGCUCUCUCAGCCUGUCCUCACAGCAGAGGGGCUCCAGCCCUCGCAGCGUCUCCGUGGCCUCCUCUGGCCCCGCUCCAACAGCUCCGUGUCCUUCUGCUGUUGGGGGGAAUGGCUGGACAGAGUGUGAAGCGAAGACAGCGGUACCACAGCAGCCUGGAUUUAUUGGAUGGUGUGUCUUGCGUUGAGACAGCGGUUGGCUCCAAGCUGCUGUGGCCGUUAGAGGGCUCCAGCCCGUUUGUAGACCUUAUUAAAACCUUUAGUAGGGUAUUUUAACUCCUUUUUGGGAGCUGUAGUGAGAAAUGUUACUCUUGUCUAACUGAAUGGAUCACAUAGAGCUGCCAGCUGGAAAGCUUUUUGUCCUGGAGCGGUUCACUUGCUGUUCUCCCCAGUCCCGUCACACAUCACCAAUAGUUACAUCGUUAAAUCACGCGGUGCUGAAACAAAACUGCUCGUUCUCAGAGUAAAGUGAUGGGGCACCGGGGGGAUAAGUUGAUAUCUUUUUUCAAGAUGUGAAUGCAUCUCUGGAACAGGUAAUUUUUACUGACUGGUAUUUUUGUGCACAAACUAAAUUUAAUUACUUUGCAAUUAUUUUUUUUGGGGGGGGGAUAUGAAACUGGAGCACAGUUUGAAUUCCAAACUAAAUAUUAAGACAGCUGUUUGUGAAGUUUCUAAAUCUCGUUGUAAAUAUUUUACUUGUCCUAGUUCUCUAACUUAUUUUUUGUGGCAGCAAUGAUUGAUAGAAUCGUUCAGAAGGGACUGCAGGUGCCAAUUUCAUUUUUUUCUAAAAACGUAAAGGAGUUCGUCUCCUGUUCCUAUCUCUGGACAGCUAAGGAUUUUUUCUGAGCAUGUUCCACUGUAUCAAAAUCAAUAUCUUUAGAAAAGAUUUAAGUCCCAUCUUACUGUUACUCUUUAAUGUUACCAGCCAGACCUACUUCUAGCAAAUUUUACUUUCCAUUUCCAUUCAAAACAAUGAAGUUCACUUUGCUUCACUGAAGCAGAGUAAGCGAUUCUAGAUUAGUAGAAUUACUAUCAUUGGCAGGAGAAAUCCUGCCUUGACCACACUAGCAUUGCUCAAUCAGAAAAAUUCAAAACGUGCUGUUUUACCCAUAAAAUUUGCCUUAUAUUGGCACAGCCUGGGAGGCCCCCACAAUCCAUUCUGCCUCCCGUCAGCAAAACGCAGAGCUUAUGCUGACCAAGCAAAAUCACCUUCUUAAGAAACAAAAUUCACUGUAUUUCCACUGUACUACCACUAUAAGGCUUGUGUAAUUUGCUGUGGAUUUAACAGUUUUCUAGGAACAAUCCCACACUGUCCUUGUCCUGCAAUAGUAGCUGCUGCUGCAGUGCUGAUUUCACCUGCCCUGUUCUCGGCGCUCACCUUCCACUUUCAGACUCCUAGUUUUUGGAAAAAGCUCCCCUUUAGCUGCCUUUUGUGUGCAGACUCGCCACCCCGUAAACCUGCUGGUUAAAAAAAACCCACAACAACUGAAAGCUGAUAUUGCAAACUGGUCUAUUAAAGAAACCCCAGACCAUGUAAGCCUUUGGAGAGAACAGGCAACAUAAGUGUAACAGCUCUAACAAACUCCUUAGAGAUUAUCCCUGAAGCUCUGCAAAUUAACGCAAGGUUGACCCCUUAGCGGCCCAGUGCCUCAGAGGGCCUUUGUGCUCAGCAAUGGGAUACGAGCAACCUUUCUAGUUCCUUACUCUGGUUAAAUUUCUCUCUUUACAAAAUGCCAGCUGGGCACUCAGCAGUGGCAAUGAGAACAUUUGGCCUGCAGGUCAUAUACAGAAAUACUGCUUUUUUUUUGUUUGUUUUCCUAAGGGCAUACUCAAUAGUUGGUCUGCAGUGGAUCUUGCAAGAAUGAGUAUUUUUUUUCUUGCUCCUAAAAGUCUUCUAAAAUUUAUGGCUUCAGCAGUUGGAUCCUUCAGUCUCACAGCUGGCACUUUACUGAUGCAAGUACACUGGUAAAACAUUUCAGCUUUUCACUUCUGGGUCCUGUUUCCCAAAACUUCUGCGAGGCAGCGUUCACCCGCCCCGGGCCCGUCACCCACUUUAUUCCAGCAGAGAGCACGGAGCUCCACCUAGUGCCCUCCUCCCGCCGAACAGGCUGCAACUCAUUUCUCAACAGGCAAAACCUUACAGUUAACUCCAAAUUUAGUUGCUGAAAUUUAGUUUCCAAAUUUAGUUUCAGGAACUGCCCGCGCCCUCCAGCCCAGUCCUCCUUCCCCUUACCCCAGGGUGCCAGGAACGUUACGUGGCCGAGUUGAACGCUAUCCAAAGUUUGGCAAAAUGCAGAGGUAUCAUUGGAAGUCAGAGCAGAUGCAAUGCAGGAAUGUUACUUUCCCAAGUCGCAUAACCAAUUUAUUUUACAAAAAGACAUAUGUAAAAAGCCUGUGUCUCUCACAUGUGACAAAUAAUGACUACUGAUAAAGUGGGAAACAACUGUUGUGCUUUAGUCUAUUUAAAGGAACCUGGUAUUUCCUUUUUUAAAGAUAAAGGACGUACACGUUUCUUUUAAAUAAAACCAGGGUUGUUACU